GCUAGACUUACAUUCACACUCAGUUCGCAAGCGAACAACUGGAACGGAAUCCCAAGACGAAGAGCCUAAAGAAAAAAGCAGACGUGUUGCACCUAUUCCAACGUCUGAAAUCGGCGAAAGUAGUUCCCAAAAUAAGAAGGGGUAUAUAAUGGUAAGCUACUCCUGGAACAACAAAAACGUCGUAUACAGGAUAAGCCAACGUUUGGAAAAUGAUUACAAGAUAUGGAUUGAUAAAACGAAGUUGGUAGGGCAUAUUGACGAAGCCAUGGCUAAGGCUGUUAAGGAAGUUGACCUUGUUUUAGUCUGUUUAUCAAAGAAGUACGAAGAGAGUGAUAACUGCAAAGCAGAGGUUCGUUGCAUUAAAGAAUUUAAGAAAGCUUCUCUUCCACUAAAGAUGGAAAAAUACGAUGUAGAUAGCUGGGUUGCAGCCACUUUCGGCCGAGAGCUAUAUGUAGAUUUUUCAGAUGAGUCGAAGUUCGAUGAAUCGUUUAAAGAUUUGCUGACACGUCUUGAUUUAAAGUUUGCAAGCAUG